GCUGGCGAGUUGGCGGGAGCCGGCAGUGAGGGGCUGCAGGCGGUUCCGUCCCGGCUCCGGAGCCCGGCGCGGCGCUGGUGCCGGGCAGCAGCGGGUCGGAGGUGCCGCGGUAACGAGGUGCCGCUGCCCGAGCUCCUGAGCCGCGCCCCGCUCUCGCCCGGCUCCGCCAUGGGCUUCCCCGAGAGAAAGAUAAAGUUUCCCGCUCGGCGCGUGCCCGCACCGGGAAGCCUCCCUGUGUAACCUCUUCCCCUCACCUCGCCCCCGCGUAGGCGCAACAUGGUGCUGAGCGCGGACCAGGUGGCCCUCAUCGGGCAGGUGUUCGAGUCCUACGUGCUGGAGCACCACAGGGACGACAUCCUGGGCAUCCUGAGGGAGGCGGACGACCAGGCGCACUACCCCGUCGUCGUCGAUGCCUUGACGCUCUUCGAGACCAACAUGGAGAUCGGGGAGUAUUUCAACGCCUUCCCCAGCGAGGUGCUCCCGAUCUUCGACAGCGCGCUGCGCCGGGCUGCCCUGGCAGCGCUGCAGGACACCGCGGACCCAGCACAGCUCAGCCUGAAGCAGAACCUGCACGCCAGGGUCUCGGGUUUGCCUGUUUGCCCAGAGCUGACUCGAGAGCACAUUCCUAAAACCAAGGAUGUUGGUCACUUUUUGUCUGUUACUGGGACUGUCAUACGUACCAGCUCGGUGAAAGUUUUGGAGUUUGAACGGAGUUACAUCUGCAACAAGUGCAAGCAUGUGUUUGCUGUCAAGGCUGACUUUGAACAGUACUAUGCAUUCUGUCGUCCAUCAGCCUGUCUUAAUGAAGAAGGCUGCAACUCAAUCAAGUUCACUUGUCUCUCUGGAACAGCCUCUUCUCCUACCUGCUGCAGAGACUAUCAAGAAAUCAAAAUUCAGGAACAGGUUCAAAGGCUGUCUGUUGGAAGCAUCCCUCGUUGCAUGGUGGUUGUUCUGGAAGAUGACUUGGUGGACAGUUGCAAGUCUGGAGAUGAUAUCACAGUGUAUGGUGUGGUAAUGCAGAGGUGGAAGCCUUUCCAUGAGGGUUCACGCUGUGACUUGGAGAUUGUUUUGAAAGCCAACUACAUUAAAGUGAACAAUGAGCAGCUAGCAGGGGUUGUAAUUGAUGAAGAAGUUCGCAGGGAAUUUGAAGACUUCUGGGAAAGGCAUAGGAAUGAUCCCUUAGCAGGGAGGAAUGAAAUUUUGGCUAGCUUAUGUCCUCAAGUUUUUGGCUUGUACCUGGUGAAGCUGGCUGUAGCCAUGGUGCUUGCUGGUGGUGUACAGAGAACAGAUGCUACUGGAACUCGAAUCAGAGGUGAAUCGCAUCUUUUGUUGGUUGGAGAUCCAGGUACAGGGAAAUCUCAGUUCCUGAAGUAUGCAGUAAAGAUCAUGCCACGCUCCGUGCUUACUGCAGGAAUUGGAUCUACAAGUGCAGGCUUGACAGUGACUGCUGUGAAGGACUUUGGGGAGUGGAAUUUGGAAGCUGGAGCACUGGUGCUUGCAGAUGGAGGCCUUUGUUGCAUUGAUGAGUUCAACAGUAUCAAAGAACAUGACAGAACCAGCAUCCAUGAGGCAAUGGAGCAACAAACCAUCAGUGUUGCAAAGGCAGGCUUGGUGUGCAAGCUUAAUACAAGGACAACUAUCCUGGCAGCAACAAACCCAAAAGGCCAUUAUGACCCUAAUGAGUCUGUCUCUGUCAACAUAGCUCUUGGCAGUCCCCUGUUGAGCAGAUUUGACCUGGUCUUAGUAUUGCUGGAUACAAAGAAUGAGGAAUGGGACCGCAUCAUUUCAUCCUUCAUCUUGCAAAAUAAAGGUUGCCCUAGCAAAUCAGAAAAGCUCUGGAGCAUGGAAAAGAUGAAAACCUACUUCUGCCUUAUAAAAAGCAUACAGCCGAAAUUGUCUGAUGAGAGUAACCUGAUCCUUGUACGCUACUAUCAAAUGCAGCGGCAGAGUGACUGCAGGAACGCUGCCCGGACCACCAUCCGCUUAUUGGAGAGUUUGAUACGCCUUGCAGAGGCUCACGCCCGGUUGAUGUUUAGAGAUACUGUGACGUUGGAAGAUGCAGUAACUGUGGUGUCAGUGAUGGAAUCUUCUAUGCAGGGGGGUGCACUUCUUGGAGGCAUCAAUGCCUUACACACCUCAUUUCCCGAAAAUCCAAUGGCGCAGUACCGAACACAGUGUGAACUCAUAUUGGAGCGGCUGGAGCUGCAAGAUCUUCUGCACAAAGAGCUACAAAGACUUGACAGAUUGCAAAUGGAAAAUUCAUCCCAGCUGCAGCCUGAAGAGAUAAAUUUCAGUGCUACCACAAGAUGCUUGAAUGGGGAUGUGUUUGGACAGUCAAAGCAAAGGUCUCAGUCAGAACCUUCAAAGCAACAAGAGGAUAACUCUGAGUCACAGCCGCCUUUGCCUAAAGGCAGCUGUGACAGGGAUAUUCAUCCAGAAACCUUGUGCAACCAAGCACAUGGUAAUAACAAAAAUACCAACAGCCUGGCAUGGUUUGACAGCCUGGAAGAGCGCAGAGUUGAUGCUGAAGAAACUUCUCAGAAGAAGUCUCCAGUGCCCAAGAUAUCUCCAAAUAACUUGGCUUCAAAAACCCCAUGUAAAACAUCCUGUUCUGAAGAAAGAUCUGCUUCAGUACCUAUGAAGGGAAAUGGAAUACGAGAGUCACUAACAGCUGUGGAUCUGCAUGCUCCUUUGAAACAGGACAAAGUUUCCAAGUUAAGCAGGAAAAGGACUGAAGAACACAACUGUUCUUCUUCAGAAGCUCAUAUUCCAGACCCAGCAUCACCAAGUGCUAGUGUACAGGAUUCAGUUAUUACACAACAUGCUUCUAAAAGGUGGCAGAGGCUGCACACGGAGAAAUCACGUGGAUUCUUUACAAGUACACAGGACCCUGAGGCAAAGGCUCUUCAUUCAGUAUUACCUGCCUCUGGCCUGUCAAAUCUUUCAAGUGAUGCAGAUUCUGUGCUAGGGGAAGAAGAGAACAGUAUAUCUGUAGCAGCAAAAAGUGCAACAAUUUCCCUGAGAAAACGAAGUAAACAUCAAGUAGUGAAGGAAACAAAUGUAAGUUCCCAUGAGCCAGAAAUCCUCGACAGUGAAAGUCCCCCAGCUGCUAAACUGGCUAAAUUUUCUUUCAGACCAAGGACAAAACUUGAUCAUUCUUCAGAGAAGAAAAAUGAAGAAGUUUCUCUUUUUCACAGUGAAACUAUUUUUAAGCCAGGGGAGCAGCUCCAGGGAGAGCAGGUGCCAGAAGCAUGCUGCCCCCCCGAGGAAGGCAAGAUGACAUUGACUCGCUUAGGAAAAUGUAGUUUGGAAAAACAAUCAAUUGAUAAUAAAGGGAAAGAAGAGCAGGAGAGUCAGGCCUUAGGGAAAGAAAUCAGAGGAAGUGCAACAAUAUGCUCUGAUGUCAGUUUUGAUGCUGCGUCACAUCCACCCCCUGAGAAGAAAAGGGAAGAAGAGGAGAAACUUGGUGGCCCAAGCACAGGGAAGGUGCGCUCCAGCACAUUAGCCAAACUGUCAACUUUCUCCUUUGUGUCACGUCCUGAGUCAAAAUCAGAAACCUCACCUGCCAUUAGGACUGACACUAAAAAGGAAAACCAUAGUACAUCACUGAAGGUGCACAUGAGCAAUCCUAGCAGAAGGAAGAGUUUUGUGUUGGGAAAUGCUGGUAAAGCCAGUGUGAUAACACAGAAAUCUCUCUUCUCAAUAGCAGAGCUAGAUGAUGCUACAUUAGAUUUUGAUUGGGAUGAAGAGGUUAGGAAAAAUCCAAGCUCAUAACAUGUAUAUCUUCCCGAUUACUUAACACACAGUUCUUCUGAAUCUUCACCCUUCUAUCAAUUGUAUCCAUGGUUUUCAAACUAUUUCAUAGAUUCAUCCUGGACCUGAGUUGACACCAAUGAACAUACUUUCUUUAAGGGCCACAUACUUUACGUAAGCUAAGGACCAUGUGUACUGCAGGCCUGAUGUGGCUUUUAGUUUUCUAAACUCUUCCCAAGACUAUUUAUCCUAGUUGACUGUUCUGAUUGACCUGAUGAAACCUGAAGAUUUGUAUGGUUAUGUUCAUGUGUCCAGAGUGAAUGAUCUUGCAGAAGAGCAGGCUUGAUUGACUUUAUCCUUUAUUUCAUGUAACAGUUAGAAUUACACAUGAUUCAAAUUGACCUUCCAAAUGACUACGCUGCUUUAGAAAAAUGAUGCUAAAGCUAUGUAAUUAUAUUUUGUUCAACUAUUUGUCUCAACAUAGUUACCAAUAUUGUCAUUUAUCAUCAUGCUAUGGUAAGUAUUUCCAUGUUAUCAUGAUCAUGACAAUUUUGCUGCAUCUUUGAUUACUGUGCUCCUUGUCACAUGUCUAAUGUUGAAGACAUGGAUCGAGAGAUUUUUGUUUCUGUUUUUUAAUUUCAAUUUUAAAUACACUGGUUCAGAUA